AUGCAGAGAUCACGUAAAGCUAUUCUGGAAAGAAGGGCUAUAGAGAAGGCUACAAUUGGGAGAAACUAUCUGUAUAAAGUUUCUUUGUCGUUGGUUUUUGUUUUAUGGGGCCUAGUCUUCCUCUUCAGCUUAUGGAUAAGUCAUAGCCAUGGUUACGGAGACGGAUCUGGAGAAGUUCUGAAUGGCGUAUCAAAUUGGAAUGAAGAUGAGCACAGACAGUUUGAAAACACUAAUUCUGCUGAUAAAUAUUUGACUAAAGAGACUGAUGCCUACAUACCUUCUGAUACUUUCUGCUCUGAUGGUGCCAAAACUGAUGGUUUUAUUGGUGAGUCACUUUCCGGUGGAGAAAGCGUAGCCUAUGUUGAACCUGGUGAUAUAGAAAAUUACAUUUCUACUGAUAGAGAGGAACAUGAAGUUGAGAGAUCUGAAUCUGCUGCGAAACAUGAAAAUGAUGCGCAAAAAUAUGAUCACUUGUCUCAAGCAGUGCCUCUUGGUCUUGAUGAAUUCAAGAGCAGGGCAACUAUUUCUAAAAUCAAGUCAGGCAUCAGUCCAUCUGGAAGUGUAAUGCAUAGAGUUGAGCCUGGUGGUGCAGAAUACAAUUAUGCUUCAGCAUCAAAGGGGGCAAAAGUGUUAGCUUCUAAUAAAGAAGCCAAAGGUGCCUCUAAUAUCUUAAGCAGAAACAAAGACAAAUAUCUUCGAAAUCCGUGUUCUUCAGAAGAGAAAUUUGUCAUUAUAGAACUUUCAGAAGAAACCUUAGUAGAUACAAUAGAAAUAGCUAAUUUUGAGCACCAUUCUUCCAAUUUAAAAGAUUUUGAAAUGCAUGGCAGUUUGGUCUACCCAACAGAUGUUUGGGAGUUCCUCGGGAAUUUUACUGCCUCAAAUGUGAAGCAGGCUCAGAGGUUUAUUCUUCAGGAGCCAAAAUGGGUGAGAUACCUAAAGUUGAAUCUUCAAAGCCAUUAUGGUUCAGAAUUUUAUUGCACACUGAGCAUAGUUGAAGUUUAUGGUGUGGAUGCCAUUGAGAGGAUGCUGGAGGAUUUGAUAUAUACUCAUGAUAGUCCAUUUGCAUCUGGAGAAGGUAAUGGUGAAAAGAGGGCAGUGUCUCCCCAUCCUAGCUCUGCUGAGGAUGAUGAGAUUCGGAAAAAUACUCCCAGAGGGAUCAAUCUUGAUCCUGCUUCAGAAAUCUCUUCAGAAAACCAAGUUGGCAGGAUGCCUGGGGAUACAGUUCUCAAGAUUCUGAUGCAGAAAGUUCGUUAUCUAGACUUAAAUUUGUCUGUUUUGGAGCAGUAUAUGGAAGAAUUAAAUUCUAGAUAUGUUAUUAUUUUCAAAGAGUACAGCAAAGACAUAGGAGAAAAAGAUAUACUUCUACAGAAGAUCAAAGGAGACAUUAGGAGUUUCCUUGACCAACAAGAUGUUAUAAUGAAAGAUGUUAGUGAUCUAGAUUCUUGGAAAUCCCAUUUUUCCGUGCAAUUGGAUCAUGUACUCAGGGACAAUGCUGUUUUGAGAUCUGAGGUUGAACAGGUCCGGGAAAAUCAAGUAUCUUUGGAAAAUAAAGGUGUAGUUGUGUUUUUGGUGUGUGUUAUUUUUUCAUUGCUUGCUAUAUUACGACUAUUUCUGGAUAUGGUUAUGAGCAUCUAUGGAGUACUAAGUUUUGAUAGAACAAUUAACUCCAGCAAAUUUUGCCAAGGUACCUCUUCCUGGUAUCUCCUAUUAUUGAGUUGUAGCAUUAUUAUUUUCAUAUUAACUUUGUGA